UCUGUUAUUCGAGCAUAAGUGUGUGGUUUUACUUUAGCAUUGGAUUGGACUCUUAACCUAAUCACUAUCAGACUCAGACCCCCGUGGACGACGACGGAGACGCCGACGAUCGAAGACGACGACAUCUUCUCCCCUACUCGCUGACGACGAAGGUCAUCUCCUCCCUAAGUUGCCGACGGCAUCUUCACCAACGACGAAAGCGACACAGCUCCUCCCUCCCCAACGAAGACACAUCUUCUCCCUCGCUAACGGCAGCAACUCAGGUCUCUUAUUUUUCAUUUUUCAGAGUAUGAUUAUGUAUAUAUGCAUUUUAUUUUAGGAAUAGAAGUACAAUUUUCGAGUUCCACAACAAGAAUGAGAUUGGAAAUUGAUUAGGAGAACUUUUGCAUUCUCAUUUCCCCCAAAAUUAGAGAAAUCAAAACCAAGAAAAUUGUCCCAUGAUGAUAUUGUUUUUGUUGUUAUAGCCUCCGAAUGAUGAUGAGAGUGUUCUAGAACUAAAACUAAUCUUAUGGUGUUGUUGACCCAGUUAACCAUUCUUUCACUUUCAUCUUAUUAUGGUUUCACCAACCAUAUAUAUAAAUAUAUAAAGUUAUAAAGUUAUCUAGCAUAACAUUUGUAGAUUGUUCUCUGAUGUGAUUAUUGUAACUCUAUUAAUUAAAAUAGGCUGAGAUUAGAGUUUAGUCAACUAGAAAGGGCUAAACAUGUUGUAUCAAUAUUUAUUUUAAUUUAAAGAAAUUUAUAAAAUAUAUAUAAUGAUAGUUUUUUUUUUAUAAAUACAUGUUAUGAUUUUUAUAUAUACAAUUGGGAAUGGAGAGAUUUAGUCGAUAUUUUCAUUUUUGUUGCCAUACCAUUACCAUAGCAGGGGAAUAGAUAGAGAGAUUGAGAGAGAGAGAACCUAACUUUGCUUUUCUGCUGUAAACACGGAUCAAAAUCCUCUUCUUCUUCCUAUCAAGCUCUGAGACCCACGUUCACGUUUCUCUUUUUUCUUUUUUCUUUUUUUUCCUUCUCCUUGCUCUGUUUCAAAGAUCCAGUCUCUUCCUUUAGCUCAUAUUAGACCUCUCCAUCAGGUUACGAAGAACCCUUUCAACAUUCCCCUUAAUUCAUUUGAUUCUUAAAUUUUUUGAAGAGUCGCACCACUUUUGGACAUGUUCGAAUCUUUCUGAGUUACGAUAAUUCAAGUACGGUAUUUUUAAAGCCCUACGACUAUUGGAUUUGAAGUUUUUUUGUACCUCUUUCAUUAAUUUUGCUGUUCUGGAUUUAGUAAAUUACAACUUCUUUGUAUGAAAUCUUUCAUGUGUAUUGCAUAAUUCACCACACACUGAUUGCCAAUGAAAUCCUAAUUAUCUAAAGUAGAGAGAUUUAUGGUUUAGGAUUCCUUAGAUGCAGACUCUGCCUAUUGAAAAUUGGCUUCAUAAUUUGACAAUGUCUUUGAGAAUGAAAGUUAGAUCAAUAAUAUUAUUCCCUGUAGAGAAUAAUUAAUAUGAAGAAAUAGGUGGUUGACUCGGUAUCGUUGGUUUAGCUAUAGAAUACUUAUCAUUUUUUUUUUAUUUUCAAAAAUAUUGGCUGGAAUUAGUGAUAUCAGAAUUGAGUGACAUUGUCACUUUGGAGUUUGGACUGAUGAAGUAUUUUAUGAUAUUCAUAAUUUGUGCACUCUUAUUUAUGUAAUAUGUAUUAUUAUAACUUGAUGUUAGACUCAUGUUACAAUUUAAGAUGGAUUUAUGUUGGGUUUAUGUUACAAUUUAGGUUAGAUUUAUGUUGGACCUAUGUUCCAAUUUAGGUUGGAUUAUUAUGUUGGGUUGUAAUAUUUUGAACCAAUAUAUUAGUGUUAAGGUAAAAAAUCAGGUUUUACUCUUUUAAGGAUUGGAUUGGAUUAUCUAAAAAAUAUUGAAUCACAAUUAUUGGAUGGAUCCGAUCCAAUACAGGGAUUCAUCCAUUGGAUGGAAUCAAUCCAACCCAAUGAUUUAUUGGAUCGGUUUGGUUCGGUUCGGUUGAGCCUAUAGUAUUGGAUUGGAUCGGUUUGAGAAAUCCAACAUCCAAUGUAUAAUUGGAUUGGACUUGGAUGGGUCUAAAAAUAUUGGAUGCGAUCCAAUGAACAAACCUAAGACCCAAGCCCAACUAUGAUAGAAUAGCAGACCCAAUACCAGAGUCAUAUUUCUCCCAUAACCUCUCUACUGACAUUGGCUUUCUUCGGUUUUGACACCGUAAUCAUCAGCAGUAUGCUAAAAAUACUAUCAACCAACUAAUCGAGAAUCGAAGAGGAGGAACUCCGUUAGGGUUUUGGCUUUUCAGGUUACUAAGGAUGGUAAAUUGGGUCUUUUUCGUAGGUUGGGUCGGGUCCUUUCUCGAAGAAACAACCUCUAACCCGUGUGAAAGCGGGGACUUAUCCAGGUCGCUGCCCCGACCUAACCUGACACUUUUCAUUUUGGACCAGGGCUGACCCGCCCCGGUUUAGACAUUAGUUAAAAAAAAAAGAAUUACCUCAUAUGCUAUUUUUUUUAACUUUUUUUUUUCAAAUUUACAGUGCUAGUUGCAAUAGGGGUUUCUGUACGAUUUUUUGUUGCAAUUUAGGUUACAGUGCUAGUUGCAAUAGGGGUUUCUAUAUAGAAUUUCGUAAAAAUGCAAAAAAAAAAUGUUUAGACGUGUAAAAAUGAAAAAGGCGCUAAUUCUCUUCUCUUCGACCCCGUGAAAAAGCAAAUCCUUAAACGCCCAGACCUAAAUCAAAAUCCCUAAACAAUGGGUCAGUGAAAUCUCUUGUCUUCGAUCCUGUUGGUUGGAAGUAUUUCUCUGAUUUCUCUUCAAUCUAAGAAAGCCUUCUUCUUCCCUCUUGUGUGACUCCUCUGAAUGAGUUUCUCUUUUCUCCCAACCACUGCUUCUCUCUUCCCUCCUCGCAGCCACUGCAACUUAUCUCCCUCGCCUCCUUUCGGCUAUUCACCACCGUCUUUCUCAAAUGUCUACGCCUAUGCUACCCUCUUCUCACUUUCUUCCUUCUAAUCGUAAGUUACUUAUUGAUUUUGAAUCGAUUGUUGUAUGGUGUACUUUUAAUUUGAUGUUCCUGAAAGAGUGAUUGAUUAAAUUUGUAUGCUGCUGUAUUGAUUUUACCCAAUUUUUCAGGAAUCUUGAAAAUCUAUUGGAGAUAUAAUUAAAUAUGGCUCUUUAAUUCUUCUGAGAACUGCAUUUGGGAUUUUGUCAUUAUCUGAUGGUACUGCGAGACCAGGUCUUAAUUUCAUCUCAUCACUCAAAAUAGGAGUAGGGUUUAGGGAAUGGGGGGAACUUUACAUUUUUCUAGGUCUCUUAAUUUUGAGUCUUAGCCUAUUUCUUGUUUCAUAUAAAUUUAAGUUCUUCUGAGGUGAGAUUUGGUAUUGGCAUUAUUUUGUCUUGUUGAAACGCCAUGUGUAUAAGGUGGCCGAGGAUUUUGACACCUACAGACCUCUCCCAAAUUAUAAGGAAGCAGAAAAACCCAUUAACAGCUCUCCAAAUCUUUAAUGAAGCUAAAUAUAUGUACCCAAGUUACCGUCAUAAUGGUCCAGUCUAUCAAACCAUGGUUGGAAUCCUUGGAAACUCAGGUAGAAUCAGUGAGAUGAAGGAGGUAAUUAAUCAGAUGAAAAAUGACUCAUGUGAGUGCAAAGAUUCAGUUUUUGUAGCUGCAAUGAAGACAUAUGCUAGAGCUGGAUUGAUGGAUGAAGCUUUUUCUCUGUUUAAGAAUAUUCCAGAAUUCAACUGUGUGAAUUGGACCAUGUCUUUCAAUACCAUCUUGCAGAUAAUGGUGAAUGAGUUGAGGUUUGAUGAUGCUAGAUGCCUUUUCUUAGAGAAUUGUUGUAAAUGGGAAGUGAGCUCUCGUAUUCGGUCUUUGAAUUUGUUCAUGAGUACGCUUUGCGAAAAGGGUCGUUCGGAUGUUGCUUUAAAAAUCUUCCUAGAGAUGGAUUAUCAGGGUUGUUGUCCGGAUAGGGAAAGUUAUAGGAUUUUAAUGAAAGGAUUGUGUCAAGAUGGCAGGUUGAAUGAGGGAACUCAUUUGUUGUAUUCAAUGUUUUGGAGGAUUUCUCAAAAGGGUAGUGGUGAAGAUGUUAUAAUCUAUAGAACCUUGUUAGAUGCUUUAUGUGAUAAUGGACAGGUUGAAGAAGCAGUUGAAGUUCUUGGUAAGAUAUUAAGGAAAGGGCUGAAGGCUCCUAAUCGAUCUCGAUUCCGCAUUGAUAUCACUCAAUGUAGUAAUGUUCAAGAUGUAGAGGCCAUUAAACGAUUGCUUAAUGAAGCUCUGAUAAAAGGUGGAAUACCUAGUCUGGCUAGCUUUAGUGCAAUGGCAAUUGAUCUUUACAUGGAAAAUAAGAUUACUGAUGCUGAUAAAGUUGUCAAAGAAAUGCAAGACACAGGUUUUCGCCCGACAUUAUCGGUUUAUGAAGCAAAGUUAGCUGCCUUAUGUAGGGAAAGUGAAGUUGAUGAAGCAGUGAAGGUUAUUGAAGUGGAGAUGGUGAAGGCUCACUGUGUUCCAACUGUGAAACUGUACAACAUAGUCUUAAGAGGACUUUGUGAUGGAGGCAAAUCGGCAUUAGCUGUUGGGUAUUUGAGAAAGAUGGUUAAACAAGUUGGUUGUGUUCCUGAUAAGGAAACAUAUGAUAUUUUAGUUGAUGGGUUGUGUCUUGAGGGAAAAUUUAUUGAAGCAAACAGAGUUUUGGAGGAGAUGUUAAUCAAAUCUUAUUGGCCAUGUGUUGACACUUUCAAUAUACUUAUUAGGGGUCUUUGCUCUGUGGGUAGACAAUAUGAAGGUGUGAUGUUGUUGGAAGAGAUGAUAAACCAGGGUAAGUUACCUGAACAGUCUGUGUGGAAUUCAUUGGUGACAUCUCUGUGUUCUAACAUAGUUAACAACUACAAGAUAUAUACUGUUAUGCCUAUGACUAGUUGAGAAGCUCUUUGAGCAUUUAUUGUUGUUUUGAACUAUGUUUGGUUGUUGGGAAAGAAUAUAAGAAUGAAUGAGAGGUAAAUUACUUGAAAAA